AUGCCACAAUCUUUUCCAGAAGAGGCAAAUAUGGGCGUAUGUUCUCCUAUAAAGUCAGGAAAUACACCAGAUAAUUCCAAGCAUGUAAAAUCUGUAGACUCUUCUACAUCUAUUUUUAUGCCUGAUAGAAUACCUUUUAAAAGUGUGCAUUCUGCUGGAAUGAGUGAUGACAAAUGUAAGUCAGACAGCACUAUAUCAAAGCUUUCAAACUCACCAAUUGGGCCUUCAUUAAAUGCCAGUUUAGAGAAAACACCCAAGUUCAAAUUCAGAAAAUCUACCAACACACCAAAACCUAAGAAGCACAGAAAUCCGAGUGAUAAAAAGUUUACAGAAAGUCCCAGAGGGUGUGAUAACCGACAACAUCAGAGAAAUUUGCAAAGUACAGACAGGUGA